AUCCAACGAUCAAGACAAACUCGCCAAAAAGCACUCAUGUCUACUCGUACUAUCCAUCAGCUUAUUGCUGAAUCGAAUCUGCCACUUGGAUCUUUUGAAUUGGCAGAAUGGUUAGAUAGUAAACUGCCAUCCCUGCGUUCUGACUUUUGUAUUCCAAAGGUUGCAACGGUUUCAAGCAACCCUCAAGAUCUGAAUGACGACGUUGCUCUGCAAGAAUGUGUCUAUUUAUGUGGUAAUUCUUUGGGUCUUCAGCCGUUAUCUACCCGUAAGCUAAUUAACGAAGAGCUCGAUGUUUGGCAGGAGAGUGGUGUUCAUGGUCAUUUUCGUCACCGCUUUGAACGGCCAUGGGUCUCGAUUGAUGACCAUGUCAUUCAAGAAUCCUGCAAUAUUGUGGGUGCUGAACACAAUGAGGUGGUUAUCAUGAACUCUCUCACGGCAAAUCUUCAUUUUUUAAUGGUGCCAUUCUAUCGACCAACCUCGCAGCGCUUCAAGAUUCUUUUGGAGCAUCACGCCUUUCCAUCAGACCAUUUUGCUUUGGAAACUCAAGCUGCAUUCCACGGGUACGAUCCUAAAAAGGCUCUCAUACAACAGCAUCCUCGAUCUGGUGAAUUUUCUAUUCGAACAGAGGAUAUUUUGGAAACUAUUGAAAAGCAUGGAGACGAGAUUGCAUUGGUACUCUUUAGUGGGCUGCAGUAUUACACUGGGCAGUGGUUUGAUAUGCCUACUAUUACUGCUGCUGCCAAAGCAAAGGGAUGCAUUGUUGGAUGGGAUCUUGCCCAUGCUGUUGGUAACGUACCAAUGCAACUGCAUGAUUGGAAUAUUGAUUUCGCGUGUUGGUGUAGUUACAAGUAUCUGAACUCUGGCCCAGGUGGUAUUGGAGGUGCGUUUAUCCACAACAAGCACAUUGGUAAUACAGAUCUCAAGCGAUUUGCUGGUUGGUGGGGAUCAGAUCCACAAACCAAAUUUGAUAUGAACAAUAGCUACUCGCCAAUUAUGGGUGCAAACUCGUAUCGUCUGUCCAAUCCAUGCGUCUUGGCUGUAGUGUCCUUGUAUGCCAGUCUAAAUGUGUUUGCCAAAACAUCUAUGACUGAACUUCGCAAAAAAUCCCUUUUACUGACGGGAUAUCUAGAAAUGCUACUUGAUGACUUGCAAAGCCCGCUGUUACAAAUCAUCACUCCUCGCGACUCUUGUCAGCGUGGAUGCCAGCUCUCAUUGCUGUUCACCUCUUCAGAGGUUGCUCAGCGUGUGUUUUGUCGAUUGGACGAGCGAGGAGUGGUGUGUGACGAGCGUAAACCAGAUGUCAUUCGCAUUGCCCCAACUCCGCUCUACAACACAUUUGCAGAUGUUCACAAGUUUGUAAACAUCAUGGCUUCCGCACUUGAACAAUAAACUCCAGUAUUACUACC